AUGGCUGGAGCCUCGAUGCAGUGCGAACUUGGAAAAUUGGAGGAGGUCCUGAGCUUGCAAGGUCCGAAGUUGGAGUUUCUUCCAAAGAUGUGGUUACGAACACGUCGACGCAAAUGCUUGGCACUUGGAGACUGCAAAGCCAGCCUGCUUGGGUCCAAACCAAUCCAAACGAGGACUUGUCAAACUACCCAGAGCUAUGGCUACUUUGCCGCCUACUACAGAGUUGUUCGAGAGGCACCCCCACCGACGACCACUCCUCCUCCACCACCGAAAGAGGAAGAGGAAUGGCUGAGUUUGCCAGCACUGGUUGCAAUUGUGAUGGGAACCACAAUUUGUAUCGGUGGCGCUGUUGGUGGUAUCUAUGCGUGGCGCCUUUCAAGGACGACGGUUCAGGUCGAGCCAGAGGAGGAAGAAAAGGAGGAGGAAGUCGAAGAAAGCGAGUCUGAAGUGGAGGUCCAUGAGCUUCCAGAUCCGGAUCCGGCACUUACAAAGCUUCGCCAAGCAGCAGAAGCGGGAACGUUGACAGCUCGUGAAAUCCUUGCAAGACAUUCGGGCCCGACUGGUAUUCGCCAGGAGUUGGUUUGGGCCAUUGACAAAGGCUACGAGAACAAGCGCCGUGAAGCAGCCAAGAAGAAGGCGAUGGCUGAAGCCGAAUGGAAAGAAUGCUUCGACCUGUUUGACAAGGAUUCUGAUGGAAAGAUACAGGCAGCAGAGCUUGGGGAAGCACUUAGAUCUCUUGGCCUCGUUCUCACUCAGAAGGAAGUCUCAGAAAUGAAGGACGAGGUGGGCGGCGAUGUGUCCUGGGAGAAGUUCAAAGGUCUUGUGGCCAAAAGACCUCGGGCCCCUGAGAAACAGGAGCCACACUUCGUUUGUGACGGCUGCCUGCAAAGCCUGGCACAGAGCUGUGCCCAAGCGGCAGUCUACACACAGAGAAGACGGGAAGGCCGUAUUCAAUGUCCUGUGCCAUCCUGCAACUGCGCUCCGUAUUCACACCAGGCUCUAGCCGCUCAUUUGACACAUGCCAGCUUUGAUGCGUACCUGCAGGCGAUGUUUAAGGUGGUCGAGGCUGAAGCACUAGCAAGCACAGCAUUUGACACCACCACUGAAUGGGUUGAGCUCCUACGACGACAUGUGGUGGAGGACAUUCUCACCUUCAAAUGCCAAGCUUGCGGUCAAGCCUUUGUGGACUUUGACGGAUGCUUUGCCCUGCGCUGUAGCCGAUGUCAUGCUGGACUUUGUGCUUGGUGUGGCAAGUCCUGUGAGAAUCAAACAGUUGCGCAUGAUCAUGUGAGGUCGUGCCCCUUUGCACCGCAUCAAGACCAGCUCUACGGUUCACAGGAGCAAUUUCAAUCGGUCUCACGAGAGAGAAGGCUUGAGCGGCUCAACCGUUUUCUGACCACUGUGGAACGUGGGACUCGACAUCGUUUGCUGAGUGUUUUGCAGAAGGACUUAGAAGAUCUCGGGCACACAGCAGAGCAAACAAGUUUCUUGCACCCCCGCCGGCCGCGAAAAAGACUUUGGCUUUUGCUAGCUGUAUUCUUGCCUCUGGGCUGCUUGCUUCUGACGCUCUGCUGGAGGCAUCCAACGCCAAGCCUGCCAGAAGUUCUGGCAGAUGCGGAGGAGUAUGUGAAGUGCUAUUUGGGGGCAGCAAGGGCUGCCUGCCGCCUGCAUCUCUUGAAGCUUUGGUCAGAUGUGCAGGAUAUCGGUUUUGAAGUUCUCAGCGCUUCUCCGCAAGGGGUCCCUGGUCAGCCGACUUGGCAGUGGGUGCUCGAUGAGCUUCUUUUCCUGCCCUUUCGGAUGCAGAUUAUCUUCGCGCUUGCCACAGCACUGGUAGUGGCAUUCUGCGCUGGACUUCCAGUUGCCCUUUUGGGCUUGCUUCUGGAGAUGGAGGUUGUACAGCACUUCCUGAGGUGGUGCUACUUCCGAGGAGGGAGGUGGCUGCAUUUCUUCCGCGGCUUGCCUGCUGACCCCAGGGAGCCCCACAGCUUCCGAAAGUUUGUCGAGCAAAGGGGGGAGCUAGCCCGAAAAGCUGCUGAGACUGGCCACCUGAAGGCCACCCAGGUGUGGUGCAAAAAUACCGUUCAAGGAUUUCGAGCACGCGCCCGCAACACAUUAUUGGGUCAGGAACAUUGGCUUUGGCUUGGUGCGAUGCCACUUCUUUGGUUUCUUGAGCAACAUUUUGCACAAGUGCGAGGCCACUGCCUCUACGCCUUUGGCCUUUGCAGAUGGGCUCCCGACCUUUGCCAGCCUGCAUGCAAGAGGUCUGCAAAUGGCAAGGCGAUCAGAUUCAACGUGGACAAUUGUCAUUGUCAGCGUGUUUUUCUGUCUCAUGGCUUUGAGAUUUGCCAGAGUGCCAAGAUGCCCAACAGCACAGACAAAGCGACAUGGGCCGUCCCUGUUUUGAAUUGGGCGUAG